AUGUUAAACCCACACGUUAGCGUUUUUAGUCAAAUUUUAAUUGUAUUGCCCAAACUUACCGCCCAAACAUCCGGUGCUGUCCAGCUGUACACACUGGACAUUUCCGAUGGCAAUCCUGUAACUAUUAGUCCACGCGUGAUCGAUGUGAUCGACACUCGAAAUGACUCGUUCCCUAACACCAAGAACGUCAAUCACUUCCCGGACAAGUUUGCGAACAUGAACAAACGGCGCCUAAGGCUUGGAACCGUACCGUACCUACCGAACGCCUUCAUAGAGGAUAAACCCCUUGGAGAGGGAAAUGCACGAUACAUCUUGCCGCCGAAACCGAACGUAUCGGCAAUGAUCAGCGGCACGGAGCUGUGGUUGGUUGUGCUGUUCUGUGAAAUAGCCAACUGUACGACGGAAAUCAUGAUCGCUUCGGAGUGGGGCAACGUGCUAGACAACGGUACCAAGUUUGGGCUCCUUGGUGCGCCGGCCAAACGGGAGGUGGACAUAACUCUCGCCGGACUGUAUACGUGGUACUCCAGCUUCCAGCAUCUUGCCUUCAGUGCGGUCCAUUCGCGCUCCGGCUGCACCUGUAUCGUGGCAAAGCCACGCAUCAUUGCGAACUGGCGCACCCCGUUCCUGUCCUUUACCGGUUCACUGUGGGGUGCGGUCCUGGCCGCCUUCGUUGCCGGUGCGUUCGCCGUGCUGGUUAUGUCCCGCAGCCGGCAGCGCAUCCUGCAGCUGGGCGAAGCCACGCGAUACACCUUCAGCGAUUCGGUGCUGAUCAUGAUCGGGUUCUUCAUGGAGCAGGGCGUACCGAUGCCGAACGAGCUGAUAGCGUCCUGCCUGCUCUUUGCCACGCUCAUGUUUGCCGGGUUCAUGAUCGGCAGCAGCUACAAUGGUGGUCUGGCCAGCACCAUGAUCGUGCCGCAGUACGAGAAAAGCAUCAACACGGUGCACGAUCUGGCGGAGACGCGCACGACCUGGGUCGGUGUGACCGUCAACUGGCUGUUCUCCAUCCAGCUGGCCUACCAGCCGGACAUGCUGACGCUGCUGACAACGUUCCGCGAGUGGGAGGAGGGAGAGAUUUCGCGCCGCGCGCACGAACGCACGGUGGCGAUCAUCGUCGAGCGGAUGGAGUACGGCCACGUGGCCCACCCGCAGAUGGAGCUGGACGCGAUGAAGGGCCGCAAAAUGAUGGCAGAAGACAUCUACUGGGAGUCGGUGGUCGGGAUGUGCUCGAAAACGUGGCCAGCCCGGGCCCGGUUCGAUCGGCUGGUGCUGGAUCUGAAGGCGUUCGGCAUACUGGCCCACUGGGAGCUGAUCGGGGUGGCCAGGUAUUUGAGCUUCAAGUCGCAACAAAUCUUACGCUACUCGCGCAAAACCAGCGGCGACGAGUUUACGCCGCUGCGUAUGGCCAACAUUACGGGCGCGCUGCUCAUCCUGCUCGCCGGGCUAUCGCUGUCGCUGGUUGUGUUUGUGACGGAACUCGCGUGGUACUGGUGCGGGCCAAGAAUCAAGCGAUGCGUGGCCGCCUGUCUUAUUAAGUGUAGCGUGCGUUUUAUUAGAAAAAGGGCCAGACCAACGGGUAGAGAAGUGUGAAAGGAUGGUACACUCAAAUUGUAAGCUACAGCGCUUGAAAACAGACAAAGCAAGACAAAUUAAAUUAUUUCAAGCUUUAUUCUCGCACUCAUUGUAGUCGUGGUAGAAGCACAUCAGUAUUAAAAUAAUUGAUUCUUUGGAUGAAAUAAUGCCACUCAUCAUUACAUCCCCGUAGUAUUCCCAACGUAUGAUAUACACAGUGAGAACAGGAAAAUGAUUGGAGUAAUUUAGGCCAUAAUUCGAGCACACAGAAAAGCUCUUUUUGCCGUCCGUCUUGCGUAACGCGCCCAAGGAUAGCGCUUCAUCCGUAUUGCGAUUUGAUACUUGCGUAAGUCGCGGACAGCCCAUAGGAAACAGUUAAAGAGCAAGGAAGCGCAAACACAAUUUAAUUCUAAUUUGCGUGCCCAUAAGCCAACGGUUCAGGGCAGAGAUGUCAAACUGAUGGCCCGCGGGCCAAAAGUAGCCUUUUGGUUUGGCCCGCGACCGCUUGAGCCAAGAUUAAUUUGUAGAAGCAUUUCUGCUUCUAUAGUACAUGCCAGUCAAUUCCGGACUCCUGAACUAUGAAGAGAUUCGCAACUUCGCAGGUUUCUCUACUAAUUGUCAGACCAUGCAUCGUCAUUAAACCUUGUUGUUUUUUUUCCUACCAAUAACUUUAUAUACUUUGUUUCCAAAUAACUCGUAUAACUUAACAACAUAACAUGC